AUGCCAGACGACUUGCAAUAUGUCACUAACACCAUCACAAUGAUAAAUGAUUUUAUUGGAAUCCAUGCUCGAUUUGAAACCAAAAUCAUUAUGGAUAGAAUGCUGGCGUUGUCUGGAUUCGGUUCACUUGUCAAGGAUAUUAUUAGUAUGGCAAAACCAAAUCAGCCGGAUCCAGUACUCCUGAAACUGGAAGUUUUGGAUCGGAAGAUUGGAGAGCUAUCGAGAAAAAUGUCCUACCUUUUCGAUGAUUUGAAGUCGUUCAUGGUGGCUCACAAUUUCUACAAGAAGUUUGCAUGCACUGCCUCCACUCUUAUGAAACUAAUGCAAGACACCAUAUCCAAUCCUUGUGGACAUAGCAAAGGAAUAUUCAAGAAUGAAUGUGAACGGACUCCUCCGUUGAGAUGGGCACUAGAUUUCAUCAGUCAAUUGGAGAAUGAGUCGACUAAUCCUCUGAAAAUGGCAAUGAAAGCGGAUCCAUUGAAAACGAGACAGACAUUCAAUAAGUGGAGGGAUAUCAUUGAUGGAGUGCUUGCUCAAUUCCUAUUCCUGGAAACCUAUCUGAAUGGAAUGUUCUGGGAUAGUAAUAUGUAUGGACCUAAUAAUCUGAAAGGAAGAAUUGAGAACUUGAAGAAUGAUAUGAACCAAUGGUAUGAGGAUUAUCAUGAUCAGAAUGAAGGAUGGAAUGGAGUCAGAAAGUUGGUGGAGGAUACUCAGGAUGAUUGUGAGCAUAUGAACAAUGCACAAAAGGCGAACAAGUUGCAAGUGGAUCUUGAUAAUAUUCUAUCCAACAAUGCCUUCUACGUCCUCGUCUACAACGAUUGCGGUGGAUACGGAAAUCACGCAUUUUGUCAUGAAGAUGACAACUUUAUCUGCUCAUUCCGACGUGGCAAGUGUAAUGUUGUGGUCUAUCGAACUUUUCGAUUCCACAAUCGUGGACAUCAUGCUGGGAAACUCAGAAAUGUGAUCGAAAGUCGUCCACCUUAUCCGACACUAGACUCGUACGAAAACUUCAUAGACACCCUCCGAUCAGAAGCCGGUAAAAAGGGUGAAUGUGGAUUUGUUGGAAUGAUUCGAGCCAACAACAACGUGGCUGUUAAAUGGGUGAAUUGUGAUCCAAACGAUGUUCCAAAUGGUCCUGGAGCAUUCACAUAUGUUCAAACUUCAGACAGAUAUAUUUACUAUGGAACUUUGGGUGGGAGAAUGAUUCGAGGAGAUAAGUUCUUCGUCAUUGCGGGGAUCAGAUAA